AUGGAUGCCGCCGAGGAUCGAGACGUAAAGCUCCAACGUGCAUCCGGCGAUUUAGUGGCCGAGUUUUCAGCAAAGCUCCCUUCGCUAUUGUGGAGAUCACAAAAUGGAACACCCCUCCGCACCCCACGCAAAUGGGUGCAAGUAACCAAGACAGAGAAACUUGUCAGCCUUCUUGAACCGUUCCAAGAGUGGCCUCAACUCCUAGAUCCUCACUUGCAGAAGCUGCUGUCCCCUUUAGUGGACGCUUUCCUGGCAUACCUGAUAAAGCAUCGCGCCCAGUAUGGCACUACUUCACCGCGUCGAUCUCAGGUUGGAGCUCUGCAUCCGCUCCCAAGAGCUAUCUGCAGACUCUUGUAUACAUUCUGCAAAGUUCGCGGCAUCAAGGUUAUCAGCAGGUUUCUAAACAAUGAGCCUAAAUACCUUGAGUCGAUGCUGCGGGCUUUUAUUGAAUGGGAUUCUGUGCAGCUGUCAGACACUGAGGUAGUUAUUGACUCUGAGCCGCAACGGUUGAUUUGGGAAGAGCGUUAUAUGAUGCUCGUCUGGCUUUCUCAUCUUCUGCUUGCUCCGUUUGACCUUUCUUCGCUGUCGUCGGAUGAUAUCCCCGUGCCUUAUGACAAUUUACAACGUCUGACCUGGUUGCCUGCUGAGACGCCGAUGGUUGCGAGAUCUCUUCUUUCUUUGUCGUUGCAUUAUAUCAGUGCAUCCGGUAAAGAACGAGAGGCUGCGACAGCUCUCUUGGCUCGAUUGUCGUUGCGUGGAGAUAUGCAAGCACUUGGGGUUCUCACAGGCCUCACUAAGUGGGCGUUUGCGACUAUCCAGCCCUCGGAUGGGGUUGAUCCGCCCUCUGUCUAUGCUUGCAUUGGUGUUCUCACGUUCAUUGCCCGUCUGGGCGCAUCUGGCCAUGUGGACGAUCUUGCUCCUUUGAUAAAUUAUAUCUUCCAUGAGACCCUCAGUGUAUCCCAAGGACAGUCUGCGGUAUCCGCAACUAUCCAAGCUUCGGCUUUGGCUAGGAAGAUUGUCGUCAAGAUUCUUCGCAAUACCACAGUCAUGGCUUUGUCUCUGAGUGAGCGAGGGGAUGGCCGCAUCACGGAUGAUGUGUUAUCUACCGUUUUGGAAGACGCGAUUGAUCAUUUCUUGGUCUCCCUGGCCGACAAAGAUACUCCUGUGCGAUUUGCGGCGAGUAAAGCACUCAGCAUCGUCACCUUGAAAUUGGAUCCAGAAAUGGGGACUGAAGUCAUCGAGGCGGUCAUUGGAUCGCUUGGAGAAAACAUCCUCUAUGAGAAGGACGAUGGUUCUCUGAUGACACCGUUUGAGGCCCGGAAAUUUGGAACUCGCACUCUCAAACGCAAUCUCAGCGCUGUUGAUGCCCAACGAUGGCAAGGACUAAUCUUGACAUUAUCACAUUUGCUUUUCCGCCGCGCACCUCCAAUUCACCAGCUUCCAGAGAUUCUCCAGUCCCUUGUAUCUGGUUUAUGCUUUGAGCAGAGGUCAUCUACUGGCAGUUCUGUGGGCACUGGUGUGCGAGACGCUGCCUGCUUUGGUAUAUGGGCUUUGUCCCGGAAGUAUACGACUCCAGAGCUCCUGGCACUUCAAUCACAGGUAGUGGCUUCACCAACCGGUCAGAAAGAGGUUGAUGUCCUGCAGAAACUGGCUGUGGAACUUGUCUGUGCGGCUUGUGUUGAUCCAUCUGGGAACAUCCGUCGCGGCUCUUCUGCUGCUUUGCAGGAAUUGAUUGGCCGUCAUCCCAAUACCAUCGCUGAAGGCAUUUCGCUCGUGCAGGUGGUCGACUAUCAUGCUGUCGCUCGUCGCUCUCGCGCUAUGAUAGAUGUUGCGAAAGCAACGGCGUCUCUAAAUCAGAUCUACUGGAGUCCUCUGCUGGAUACUUUGAUGGGCUGGAGAGGCAUUGGCUCGCCAGAUGCCGAAUCUAGAAGACACGCGGCGAAAUCUAUUGGAACACUGAGCACCCAGGACGUAUACAGGACCAUGCAGUUAGUCCUGGAUCGUUUACUGCAGAGGUUCUCUAGCACAUCUCGCAGUGAUGUUGAGUCACGGCAUGGAUGUCUGUUAUCGAUUGCUGCUACAGUGGAUGCGUUCACUUCUCACUGGGAGACUUCAGUUGAGACAAGAGAUACCCAGGAAGCUAGGGAGGUCUCCUCUCGAGUGGCCAAUGCCUGGGAGAUCUUCGGUUCUUCAGCAGGUCCUACAGACGACGACUUGACAUUCCAGACAUCACGUCCUGAGCUGACAGCAGAGGCAUCAUCCUGCUUAAUUUCCUCGCUAUCUCGAUCUAUCAUCACGAUCGAUCUAGCGCAUCCUUCCGAAGAGCUUCUCGAGCGCACACUCCAAAUCUUAUCCAUUUGCGCAUCCCGGAGUGAUGAUACCUCUAUCGAAACUUCUUCAACUGCCUUGUCGCAAUUAUUCCCUCUUCUGUCGACAGCGAAGCAAGAAGAAACGGUCCGAAUUUGGUUCUCCCAUCUUCAUACGUCGUGGAGAAUGCCAACUGGUCGCGGCCAAAUCUUGGCUCUCGGUGCGGUGUUCAAGCAGCUAGAAGGACAAAGUGAUCUCCAGGAAAACAUUGUCACUGAGCUACUUCGUUACACCGGGAAAGAAGAACUCAUUGAAAAAAGAGUUGCUGCUGUAAAAUGCCUGGCUACUAGCAUCCUGCCAUACAUGGGUACGAUUGAUACAGUUGCGGCCAACUUCAUUGAGUUCUUGAAUGAUUACACCACAGACAGAAGAGGUGACAUUGGAUCUCUCAUCCGAGUGGAAGCAAUCCAAGCAGCAGGUAUCUUUUUACAAAGAGAACCAUGCUCGAAAUCACACUCCGCCUUAGUCCAGGAUCUAGUCGGUAAUCUUUGCCGUCUUGCAUCCGAGAAGCUGGACAAGGUCAGACUCCACGCAUGGCUUUGUCUACAAGUAUUCUGGGAGUCAGCGGAAGAUCUGCCUCCGCUUGAAACGAAAUUCGAGCACUUCAGUCAUGUUUCGUCGCACGAGUACUUUGCCCAGCUACUAACCUUGCAGAGCAUUGACUGGAUUCGUCUUCCACUACUUCAGGGAUUUGCUACCUCUGCUAUCUUAGGAGCGGAAGGUCUUGUUCGAGCAUCUCGCUCGGCUUUGACCCAGUUCCUUAACAAUCAAUUACAGCCGCAGCGACGGGAAAUCCUGAUGGCUUUCUUACAAGAUAUCUCUAAGGUGUUGAGUGACAAUAUCCAAGAUGAUCGCUUUGCCAUUCCUGCUGUUGAAUUCGUCGCUUUCCUGAUUGAUAGCUAUAUCCCCGUUAUCCCGGAAGGCACAGAUCCAAGUUUCCGCAAACUCUUUAUCCUUAUCCAAAAAUCACAUCUGAGAUCGGCCAAUAUGGCUCGAUUGGAAGCCGCCGUCAAAGCAUAUGCCGCAUUAACAAGAAUCGACUCCAUGCGAGCUGAUGUUCUGAAGAAGAUGACAGGACUGCUCUUGCAUCCUUUCCCGAGAAUCCGGUCAAGCGCUGCAGAGUAUCUAUUUGUGGUGACAGACACCGAAAUUACCAAGUUCGAGGACUGGUCUGCUCCGCCUAAGGAAUUAAAGCCGCAGGUUGAGAGUCUGCGGACUGUGCUUGCUCAACAAUGUUGA